AUGAAAGAAUCGGAUAUACAAGACGCUGAGGCAACCAACCACGACAACCCUGGGUCUGCACAUCCAAAGUUGAACCCUUCUUCCCACAUGAACCAGUUUUCGAUCAAUCCCCUUCAUGAACAGCUUUCAUCGAAGCCCUCAAUCAACACAUUCCCUACUACCGCCACUGACCACCCAAAAGAAAUAGCGCCAAACCCCCCAAAUACCAUCACAGUUGCCUCGGGCUCUCGUUUCUAUCUACAAAAUGCAUCGCAAGAAUCAUCUACAACACAACAUCCGAUGGAUGCAUACCCGAACGGAGAUCCAGGUCAGACAUAUGGAGAACUGUCGAGUUCUGGCAUUCCAAAGGGAUUCUUGGUCAAUCAUCCUACCAACUUGAACCCUGAAAUGAGAGGCCUGGAAGCAGAAAUGACCACCGAGGCAGUUGACAUUAAUAUGGCCAUGGCAAAUAACCCCGAAGUUUCACUGGAGUUUGACCCUGCGCUUUUCGAUCAGUCCAUGCUUUCUACCCUCAACUGGUUGCCCAAUGAAUUGAUUCCCGGUCCACCAGACCAGCCACAAACUGCUAGUGUUUCAUCACAAUACGCUCCAUCACUCGGCCAGGGGACCUAUUUCUCUGGAGCAGUAUGGCAGCCCCCGAUGGUCAGCGCUGGACAAAUUAGUCCUUUGCGCCCAGGAAAUGUGUCUCAGUCCCCUUCUGUGCAUGUUUCCAUGGGAAGUAACAUGGAAAGCCCCAAUCAAUAUUCUCAUCCCAUGAGUGAGACUUCUCCCCACAACGAGUCGGUAGACUCUGCCAAGCGAUCAGCGGACUACUACGUCGAUGGCGCCGGAGCUAGACUACCGAAGUAUAGAAAGAAGCACACGCCUUGGUCAAGCUCUUCUGUCGAGCCAACCGACAAUGGAAGAAAGCUGCUCUUAGAAGACAGCGAACAUCGAUUCAGUUUCCCAGUCAUUGCCGAGAUCAGAACAGAUCAGGUUUCAGAAGAGGUGGCACAUUUUGCCAAGAGGAUUGAGCCGUCUACGUAUGAUGAGAUAUAUCGAAAUUUCAUCUUACUCUGUCGUAACGAAAAUCCGCUGUUUGACACUUUCGAGUCGGAUGGAUUUCCUACUGUCGACGAAUGCAAUUGGUUCAUUGCAUUCUUCUUUGAUUCCUUCCAGGCUGUUUAUCCGAUCUUACAUCUUCCGACUUUCAAUCCUAACAUAUGUCACUGGCUUUUGACGUUGUCAAUAGUAGCAGUCGGCUGCCAUGUUUCACACAUCUCUGAGAUGGAUCAAUGUGCAAGCGGUUUCCAUGAAUUAAUCAGACGGGGUAUUUAUGUCGAGCUUGUGGAUUGCACACUCGCCUACUAUCUUGACGAUCGACCCCUCCUGUCUCUAGAUGAUGGACAAGCCACCUUACCAGCCCAGGAAAAGAUAUGGCAAGCAAUAUCCGCGGAAACCUGGAAGCAACUAUGGGAACAAUCAACCGGUACCUUCAGCCCAGACUCUACAGCCAAGCAUAAUCUAACAUCUCCAGUGAAUGAAUCUCUCUACGAAGCCGUCCACAUCCUCUAUAUUGAAAAGCGCCUAGUCUCAGGAAUUGGAGAAUUCAGCCACAUCCUCCUUAUUCACGCCCUAUAUCACAGAAUGUGGGAGGUAGGCGACUAUUUCCGGCGGCCCCUCUCAUUCUGGAACCCAACUGCCAAAAAGCAAUCCCGCGAAACCGCCAUUCCAACUGGCUCAGUCUGGCUACCAGGAAUUCCCUCCUACUCCAAAUGGCGAAAUAGCGCCUGCGACUGUCUCGACAUUCUCCACUGGACGGCCAACAGCACAAUAGCAAAAGCAGCAGGUCUCGAACACGCAACUGUCCUACACCUCCACUCAGCCCGCCUCUUCCUCCUAGCCCCAUUCCGCGAAAUGCGCACCUUAGCCAUAUCCCUUGCUACCGAGAAACUUCGCUACAGCAAACGCCAUCAGUCACUCGAGUGGCAGUACAUCUGGCGCUGGAUGAAACAUGAUCAGUAUAAAGCUCGGUUAUCGAUCAUUCACGCUGGUGUAACACUCUGGCACGUCCGUCGCUAUUCGACGAAUGCUUUCCACGAGCCGCUCGCGGCCUUCAUUGCCGUUUUGACUCUGUGGGCAUAUGGCUCUUGUCAUGCGCAGACAUCCCACGAGUCAAGUCCCCAUUCGCAGGCCCCGCGCCCUGAGCCGCUUCAUGAGCCUAGUUUCAUCCAUCUGGAUCGGCCGUGUGAUGAUGAACUUGUGCAGUUAUUUGUGAGAGAGGGUCAUGCUAUGCGUGGCAAUGUUACAGGUGUUGGGGAUAUUUGUGGAGUCGAGGGUCCUGAGCGGGUUUUGCGUGUUGGGUGUGAGAUUCUUUCCGGGUUGACGGCUUGGAGUGUCUCCAAAAGGUUUGUCGCUAUUUUGACGAGGCUUGCUGAAUUGAGUUCCUAUCAUUCUUCUUGGGAGCAGAGUCGUCGACAGGAGGCUGAGCAUGUUUAA